AACAGGAAAUCUAAACAGUUAGGCAAAUAUGAAAAUUUGCACACUUUCUGUGAAUGGUUGAUUAAAGUAAUGAAAGAAAGCAAAUUCUUUUCAGGUAUGUAAAGGAAUUAUUUAACAGUAAAUAAGGCAUGAUUUCCCUUCUGCAAGAUUUAUAAUUCACUGACUCUCAGCAGUUGGAAGGAGAGAAAAAUAUGCCAGGGAUUCCAAGACAAGUUGACGUGGAGAGAGAUGAUGAGGGGCCGAACUCCUUACAAGAUACGCACAGUCUAGACUCCUCCUCCUCUGAUGGUGCAGUCCUGAGAUCCAGGACUUCAGUCAGGCAAGAAUUACAACAGUUCAUACGAUCUACGAGAUGCCAGGUGUUGGUGGUGGCACUAGUGGUAGUGGACAUGACUUUAGUUAUCACAGAGUUGCUCUUCGACCUGGAAAUGCAAGGUGCACCCUCCCCCGUCCCGUUUGUGAUGCACACACUCUCCAUAAGCCUGCUUGCACUCUUCCUCGUUGAAAUUGGCUUGAAGAUAUAUGCUUACCGCUUUGACUUCUUCACGCGGAAAGGUGACAUAUUCGACGCCAUUGUUGUCAUCGUUGCCAUUUGCCUUGAUGCUGUAUACCUUCACUCCCAUGAUGCCCACUCUGGGGUAGGCCUCAUCAUUGUGUUGAGACUGUGGAGAGUUGUGCCCAUACAAAAAGCCAUGGUAGUUCAGGUCCGAAAAGUGGGAGAGAAGAAACUGUUGCAUGAACAACAAAAUCGGUACCUGGCUGAACAAGAGGCUGAGAGAUACCGCACAUACAGUUACUCGCAAGACAUGUACAUCAAAGCACUUGAGGAGCUGUUGAGAAGAAAUGGAAUCUCAUAUCAGGAGGAAUGCAAGAAUUUGCCAGAUAUUAACAGAAUCAGUGUGGUUGCAGAAGUAAAUACAAAAGAGUGAAGAACUAAAAUGAAGGGGGAAAGUAUGGUAUGUAGAAAAUAUACGAAUUUGAGGCUAAAUGGAUUUAUUUCAGGAACGAGGCAUUUCAUGUUUUCAUUUGAUUUUUAUAACUGCAUUUAUCAUUUAAAGAAACAUUAGUCAAAAGCAUUAUUAACCAUGUAAUGACAGCAUUUAUACAGGUUAUAGUGUUUGUUUGAUAUGUCUGUAAGACUGCUAAGAAUUAUAAAGGACAUUAUUUGUGAUCUCAAACAUAGUACUGAAUUUGUCAAAGACUAAAAUCAGUCUUAAAUAAGAUAUACUUGAAAGCAUUAAUUUUCUUAAAUUUUAUUUUUUUUUCUCAAGGCAUAUAUGAUAUGUUGUAAUAUUUAAUUUUCAUAAUGUUUGUUGAUAGUAGCAGCAAAGAGAUGUUUUUAUGUUCCUGAAACUGAUGAGGUCAUAUUGAAACAUUUUAUGAGGCUAGAAAUUAAAAAGACACUUUAUGUAAGAAGUAACACCAUAUCAAAGGUCUACUUUCUUUGGGAGCUAGAACUCAACAUGACAUUUAAAGUGCAAUGUUGUGUUGCAAAUUGGUGUAAGAAAAAGUUUGUUUACAAAGAUUGCUGGUACAUGUACUACCUCAAAGAGGGUUUUAGUCACUUUCAUAUGAUGGCAUUUUAAACCAGUUGUUUCUUCUUGGUUUUUGCUAUAGUUUCCCUGAUA